AUGCCCAGCUCCAAGACCGAUACUGCAAUCCGUUACCCCGAGAGUAACAACCAAAAGCGUCGGUUAAGGAACGUCACUCAGGACCGCAAAGCUGUCGACCGUAUGCAGCGCGAGGCCGGUUCCCAACAGAGAAGACGCGAGGACGCGACAUCCUGGGGUGUCGAGCAGACCAUGGCGACUUCCAUGAACCAGGAGGGAAACCCACAGCCUGAUCCUUCUGCGUUCUCGGACGGCUGGAAGGCCCGCAAGUCGGGGGCCACCAAUUCCAACGAUGUGGAUCUAUACAAUGCUAUGCAUGAGGACUUUGAUUAA